AUGACAAGACAGAACAAAGCUGAAGCCAUGAUUGUAGGAGAACAACUCCGAUUACGGCUGCAUCACUGUAAGAUGAUCAAAGAACGAAGGUACCACCUACGCACCUGCCCCGACUGCUUUGUGGCCCAGGAGCUGGUGGAUUGGCUGACGGCUCACAAUGAAGUACAGAACCGAGAGUCUGCAGUCAAAGUGAUGCAGCACUUAAUGGACCAUGACGUCAUACAUCACGUAUGUGAUAAAUGGCCGAUGUUCAAAGAUGCCAAGUUGCUUUACCGGUUCCAAAAGGACGACGACACAUUUCCUUUUAGCAUUGAGGAGGUCUUCAUGCGUGGACAGAGUCUUUAUGACAGUAUCCUUAUGAGUAAAGACUCCCUCCUACAGCUGAGAGAGGAAGGAGGCGUGGUCUAUGAGCGAUCUUUCCCAGGCUACCAGUUAAUUGAUUGGCUGCUAAAAAAUGGGGAGGUGGAGAGCCAUGCGCUGGCUUUGGAGCUCUACAGGGCUCUGCUGGAACAGGGCAUCAUUCAGCACGUGUCUUGGAAGCAUCACUUCCUCGACAGCAGGCUUCUAUAUCAAUUCUGUGUGAACUUCUGCUGACGGCGACAACUGGCUGAGCUGCUGAACCAGGAGGAGCGAGAAGAUGGGGAGUGCAUGGCUCUGACAGCCCUGCGCAGGACCCCUCUGUCCAUCGGGAACAGCAUCCUCCUCCCUGAUGAACCUAGUAAUGAUUUAAAGGUGAUUCCCAGUGGGAGUUGGAGUAGUGUGACACAACAGCUUCAUCACUUGGGUGGAAUCUCAGCUUCUCCAUCACUCUCUUCUGCUUCUGGACUCACAUGCAACCCUAAAUCUGUACUCAAGGGGGUUGUGACAUGUGAGGAGUUACUGUCCCCUGGAGCUCCUUACAUUAAAAAAGUGCUGACGAUUCUGGGAGAUUGUUUGGGCUGGGGCUUUGUGAUUCGAGGAAGAUCACCUUGCUAUGUGCAAGCGGUAGAUCCAGAGAGCCCUGCUGCUGCAGCAGGCGUUAAGGUGCGGCAGUUUGUAUGCCAGUUGAAUGGGCGCAGUGUCCUCCAUCUCGAUUACUGCACGCUCACUGAGAUGGUGAUGACUGGACCCAGAGUUGUCACUUUGGAAGUAAUGGAGCCACUAAAAUGA